UGCAUCGUAUCACAAUGAAAACUUUCUUUAUUUUUUGUGUUCUUUUUUACUUCGCACAACAUAGUGAGGGAAUCAAAAAUUACAUGGGGACAGACAUCCAAAACUGUCUCAACUGUCUUUGCCAUGCAAGAACAGGGUGUUAUAGUCUUUUCAAUUGCGCGAAUUAUUCCAUCGAUUUUGACUACUGGAAAACCGCAAAUAGUCCAACUGUUGACCCCACAGACGCCCCUGAAGAGAAAUCAAGUUUUGACAAAUGCAUGAAAAACGAAAAUUGCAUUUUGGCAACACUUGACCGAUACGUAGACGCAAUAGGACACAUGGACUGUAAUUGCGAUGGAGAUUUCGACUGCAAAGACAGAUUUGCCAUUCAUUUGUAUGGUGCAAAUUGUGGUAAUCCGAGUUUUGACGAUAAAUAUGUAAAAAGAUUUAAUAAUUGUGCCAAUAAUUUGAAAGUUAAAGUUAUGGUUUCGAACGAAGGGUCUGAAGGUUGCAAACCUGAAAUUUUUACAUAAAAAAAGUGCCGAAAGUGUAAUUUUUUACUCAAUUCAAAGCGUACAAAACAAAAUUGUGAUAUUUAUCUUUCGUGCCUGCAAUAAAUAGAAAUUAAGCAGUUAAUAAACUGUUGUUUUUUUCAAUAGUAAUUAAUAUUAUCAAAGCAGUUAUGAUAGGAUUAUAAUUAUAAAUAAAUUUUGACCAACAAUACAGAUUUCUAGCUUCAUUUACGUUAAAAAACGGUGGAGGGCGUAAAUGUAUAAAAAGUAUAACUGGUUGCUGGUAUCAGCAAUAUAA